GCUGCAUACCCUGGCUUUGUGCCGAUGCAAAAGAUAGUUAGCACAAAUUUAGAGAGAACGGCACGAGAGACAACAGAGCAGCUUCAUAAAACGGUGUCAACGACUAAAAGUUAAUAUGUAUUUGAUAGAUGUCCAUACUGUGUAACUUAAUGUUCUUGCUUACUUACAAGUGAUCUUCAGGAUAUUGAGAUGCUGCUCCAAGAACAAGAGAAAACACUUCCUCAGUCGUUCGUAGAUCGUGCCGACGAUUCUUCGCCUGGCCACACACGUUUCGACUGCAAGCACUGUGUCACUGCAAGGACCCAGCAAGAUCGUCAAGCGAGCGCACAGGAUGGUGGUGAAGAUACACUAGAAAAGACGGGGAACACCAACCGCGAAGCUAGAGGUAGAGAGAAGAUGUGCGAGAGCUUUCGAAACGGCUGUGACCUAGACGCGGAUGCUGGUGGGCGUCCGCUUUUGCCGCGACUGCUUUUUACGAACUUGGCAGGGGAGACAUUAUUCGACACAGACGAGGACGCUACGCUUCCUCCAUGUGACACGCUCGGCGACGCAAAACGACUCUUCGCGGAACAUUUGGAGAAGGUUACGAGCAUCUAUGGAGCACAUGCGCGACCAGGGGGGCCGUUCGCAGACAUUCUAAGCUACACCGACGCCGACGAGUGGUGCUUCGGCAUCAAAGGCAUUUGCUUUAUGGGCGCGAACUACUAAAUAAGAGCAUGCGCUUAGCUUUAUUUUUCACUGCUCAUCCGUUUUGUAUGUGCAAACAAGACACUUGAUUCUCGCUUGAAGAUAUAGAUUAUUUUCAGCGCCCAGAAAGAAGACAUUCCUCACAUUUUCGAAGAGAGAUAGUAAUACUGAAAGACGAGUCAUGUCCAAUACAAACAAACAGGAGGCUGUCGUGGAGAACACAGAAGAGAAGGAGUAAGUCUACGAAUCAACACAGAGUGAUUUUUUCGGCACCUCUGAGAAACUAGAAGAACAGCGAGCAGUGGCCUUGAAAAGUUUGGCAACUUCUUCCUUGUUUGAUAAAUCUAAUGGAAUUGAGGGGCAAUCUCCGAAACUGAACGAGGUGUUGCGAUUGCGCAUUGAAGAGGUCAAAUUUCUUAGACCUCUUGAACUUGUGAUCGGCUUGAACCGAGCGGAUCGCCGCAGGGAGGCAGGUUCAGUAAGUUUUCUUGAUGUGGUGGUCCAACGCGAGCACCGCGGCUGGUCAAGAGGUUCAACGAAGUCCUGGGAGAUGUUUAAGCACAGCCAAAACGACACAAGUCGGGACUUGCCUACCGCGCAGCCGCCGGAGGGUGAGCGGUCCGUGCGCCUAAGAUAUAAAACGAGGAGAGACGGGUUCGGGCUCUUCAAGCGUGCCCUGGACGAGACUUGGUCUGACCUCAGGGAAUCUGCCGAGAAGAUACGCUUCCUGGGCAAGCAGCUGAAAGGCACACCCACUCUGCAAGCUCUUACAAUGUUACGCGAACUCAUGCAUUGUGGCGCUCAGGACGAGGGAGAAUCGUCGUCAGUUAUAUUUCAGCUAGAAUCGAGCAGGGAGCAGCAGCGCUUCCUUGCUCUUUUGGACUCGUGGAAGAGAGUGGACUGGUGUCAGGUUGUCCACCGCCAACGGUUUCGGCCUCCUGUUGGUCGGGUAUCAUGGCAUCCCCAAGUGCGCAAAGAGGUGCGACAGCAUUUCUUGUCGAAGUUUGAGACCAGUGACGAAAUUCGCGUGAGAAUACCGGAAGGCGAAAUGCGUGACGCUUACGAUAAGUGGGACGCCUUUUAUGUCUCCCAUUUUUUGUUCGACGCUCUCGAGUUUCACCUACCGAACAUUCCGCCAGGCGUCGUCGUCGAGGACGCGUCACUUCUCACCGAUCUCAUUGACCCAGACGAGCCGACCAAACUGGAAAUCAUGGCUAUUGCGCCGCCUUUUCCGCGUCCUCCUAAGAGUAAGUCGGAGGAGGAGGUGGAAGUCGUGACGAAUUAACCAGCGUUGAAGCACUCAUAGAAAGAUGAAGGCGCCGCUGCUUCCUUUUGAUGCUUCGAAUUUCGGUAGUGAUGCAUGUGGUUCUAGUGCAUUACUCUCUAAUAGAGAUGAUCAACGUCUAUAUUUGUAUUAUAGAAUAUGUAGAGGCGAUUAUGGCGCAAUAAAUCUACUUUCUCUUGACGUACUGAAUCUAAGUCAGAUCAGAAUGUUCUUCUGUGCUAUAUAUAAUUUCUUGUUCUCUCGUAAUAUUGUUCUGUCUGUCAAGCAGUGCAAGAACCGGCAGUCAGGCUCGGCUUAACCUCCAAUAACUCUCUAUCGAAGCAUUCAGCACAAGCAUUCAGAUGCGUAGCGCAAGUUUGGCUGCAUGAAGAAAGCGAGAGGAGC